AAAUUCAAGCGUACCCGGUAGAAGCUUCUUCCACUGCUGCGUAGUGCAGGCGCAAGUACUUUAAACUCUACAAGCAAAAUUGUGAAAAGACUAAUAACAAGACUUUAGUGAAUUGUAAAUAUCUCUUCAGUACUUCUCCUCAAAGGUAUGAUGGUGAACUGCUGUGGUCUGCUAACUGCUCAGAAGGAACCAGUUCCUCUAAAGAGCAUCGAGGUGGAGCUGCAGGUGAGGGACCAUGUAGCUACAGUGGUUUCCACUCUGAACUACGAGAACAAGGAGGACAAACCAGUAGAAGCUGUUUUUGUCUUCCCUCUGCCUGGAGAUGCAGCUGUGUGUCAUUUCAGUGCAAAGGUUGGACAGACACAUAUUGUAGCUGAAGUGAAGGAGAAACAGCAGGCUCGAGAGGAGUAUGAUGAUGCUUUGAGCUCUGGUCAGCAGGCCUUCCUGUUGGAGGAGAGUGAUCAGAGUCCAGAUAUAUUCUCUCUGAGUGUGGGCAGUCUGCCUCCAGGAGAGAGCACCUCCAUCAGGCUGGAGUACGUCACUGAGCUGGCUGUGCAGGCUGAUGAUGGGCUGAGGUUCUGUCUGCCUGCUGUCCUCAAUCCUCGCUACCAACCUCAGGGUAGCGAAGAUGUCAGUGUCCAGGUGACGUCAGUUCCAGCCUCUCUGGUUCCCUACAGUCUGUCCUUUUCUGCCCGAGUCUCCUCUCCUCGUCCAAUCUCUAAAGUAGAGUCCAGUUGUUCCCUGGAGCCUCUUCAGUACCUCAACACUGAUCAGACACAGGCCAUGGUUAAGUUGGCUGCAGGACACAAGUUUGACAGAGAUGUUGAGCUGCUGAUUUAUUACAAAGAUGCCCACCAGCCCACUGCUGUGGUGGAGGCAGGACAGGCCUCUGCAAAGCCUGGAACUCUGAUGGGUGAUCCAGUGGUGAUGGUGAGCCUGUACCCUGAGUUCCCCCAGUCUGUGAUGUCCUCACUCGCCUCAUGUGGGGAGUUUGUGUUCUUAUUGGAUCGAUCGGGAAGUAUGGACUGUUCCAUCAAUAACAGCAGGCAGGAAGAAACUCGCAUUGGCAGUGCAAGGGACACUCUGCUGCUCCUGUUGAAGAGUUUAUCAAUGGGCUGCUACUUCAAUAUCUACAGUUUUGGGUCCAGAUUUGAACACAUCUUCCCUAAGAGUGUAGAGUACAAUGAGAAGAGCAUGGAGGAGGCUCUGAAGAAAGUUGAGGAGAUGCAGGCUGACCUGGGAGGAACAGAGAUCCUUGAGCCCCUCGAACACAUUUACAAGCAGCCCUGCAUUCCCAAGCAGCCCAGACAGCUGUUUGUCUUCACUGAUGGAGAGGUGGGGAACACCAAAGAAGUUAUUGAUCUGGUUAAGAAGAAUGCAGGUUCCCACAGGUGUUUCUCUUUUGGGAUUGGAGAAGGAGCCAGCUCUGCUCUUAUCAAUGGGUUGGCCAAGGAGGGAGGAGGUCAUGCUCAGUUCAUCACAGGGACUGACAGGAUGCAGCCAAAAGUGAUGCAGUCGCUGCGGUUUGCACUGCAGCCAGCUGUGGAGGACAUCUUAGUAACAUGGGAUUUACCAAAGGGAGUGUCAGCCACUGUCCUCUCUCCACCAAUCACAGCAAUUUUCCAGGGGCAGAGGUCACUGAUUUAUGCCCAGCUCACUGGACAGCGUUUAGAGGCAGCAGAGGGCUGUGUGAUGGUGAAGUACAGCCUCGCAGGUCAUCCCUCUCAGAACCAGCUGCACUUCCAUCUCAAACCAGCAGAGGACACUGGAUUAACAAUCCACAGGUUGGCUGCUCGUACUCUGAUUCGCUCCCUGGAGUUGGAGGACAGAUCUGACAGAGGACAGCAAGAUGAAGGAGUGAAGAAGAAGGUGGUGGAGCUCAGUGUCCAAUCAGGAGUGAGCAGUUCUUUUACUGCCUUCAUUGCUGUCAACAAAGACAGUGGCGAGUCGAUUCAAGGACCUCUGGCACGCAGAAAUAUUCCAACACCAAGGUUUUAUGCACAGAUGUUGUGUAGUUCUCCAAUGAUGAGGUCACAACCAGAUCCCACUAUGGCCUGCGCUGCGGCUCCAUCAGCUUUCUGUGAUUUUAUGAUGUGUGAUUCAGAAGAACUUUUGGAAACCGGUGAUUGUGCUAACUUCUCUGAAUGUUAUGAUGAUGUAGAAGAUGAAGCUGCUGUUCCCCAGCAGCCCCUCAGAGACCCUCUGCUACAGUUGGUGUCCCUGCAGAAGGCGUCUGGUUACUGGAUGCUGGAUGCAGCUUUGGCCUCUGCACUUGGAAAAACCAGUGAGGAGGUGGAAAAGUCAAAGCCUGCACCGGUUAACAAGGAGGUGUGGGCCACCAUUCUGGCUCUGAUCUGGCUUCAUGGUUUCAAGAUGGAUGUAAAGGAGGAGUGGGAGCUUCUGGCCAUGAAGGCUGCAUCAUGGCUCCGUGCUCAGAAUGGACCAUGUGUGACAGAGUGUGUGGAAGCAGGAAAUGCACUGCUGGGCUGCAGCGUGCAGAAAGAAGCUCUGGGGCUCUGAAGUUAACGUUAAAGAGGCUUCAUUUUCAGGAUUCUUACACAGAAGCAGAUUUACUAAAUCACACAGCUUUCAGAAUGUAUAUUACUCUUUGCAGCAUCUGUCUUUAUAAUGUGCCUUACUAUAACUGCACUGUAUGCAUCAGCCACCAGAGUUCUUAAAGAAAGGUUUUGUUUUUGCCUUUUUAAUGUUUCUUUGUAUCUGGAUGUUUUACUAAAAGACAGAUGCAUGAAUCGUGCAUAUUAAUGAAAAAAGGAGUGAGAAUUUUUUUUUAUUAUUGUUUUAUUUAUGUCAGCUUAAGUAUACGGUGACAUCGUUGGUUUUGAAGUCCCCAAAUCUUAGCCAAAAUUAUUAAAAAAGAAUAUAACUCCACUUCUGUUUUGCACAUUUAACCCUACACAUGAGUUUAGUUACCAGGAUGUUUUACUUUGAGGAUGACUCUAGUUUUUAUCCACAAUUAAAACUUUAAGAAGACGUGUUUAGAGUCGCAUAGAGUAACAAAGAGCCAGUGUUCACUAAGUGUGUGUGAGUCCACUUUUGAAUAGAUUCAGGUUACUUCUCUCUAUACUUGUGAAAGGCAGCCAUUGCACUGACUGCACAUGAAGGACAAUAAGGAAUGUCAGUAAUAUUUGUUCUAAACUCAUAUUUUAUUGAAUCCUCCUCUCUGGAAAAUAAAUAUUCAUAUUCAGAUCCAUGUUGAAAAGUCAUGGAUGGAUACAGUAGCAACAUAAUUGUGUUAAGUGAUCACAUAUUCACUACAAAUGUCCAUUUUGUUUGGGAAUUUAACAUAAAUUAACAACUAAAGAUAAGUUUAAAGUAUUUGUUUGUUUUGCUUUUGUUUAUGUUUUUUUUAUUUCUCACUAAAAUGCCAUGUUCAAAGUUGUCUAUAAUAUUCUUCAGUAAUGAAAAACAAUCCCUUCUGCUUUUUGUACGUCUUUACCUGAAUUUUAAACCUCUUUGGCAACUGUAUCCUUGUCUUUGAGGUUGGAAAGUGUUCAAGUGAUGUGAAUAAACAAAAUAUAGAAUCCUG